UUUUUUUUUUUUUUUUUCCUCCCUGCGACCUUGUGCGACGCGUAUUGUGACGGAUGUACACGACUGUCGAAGUGUCGACGACGGUUAUUCAUUUCGUCGUAAAUUAAUCCUGACAAUGACGUUUGUUUGAUCGUCUUGAAAAGAAAUAUACGUACAACACAAAAUUCUUAUCAGUCGUAUUUUUGCCGAUUCGGGUAAAAUUAUGAUUAUUACUCUGUACUAACAUUUCUUUGUUCCUUGAACGCGUCGUGCGCUCAGUCACUCGUGUACUGCAUUGCGAGCAAAUGUACUAAAUUUACUGUAUCACUGUUCGAAAAAUACUGAACACAAGUCAUGGAUUUCAAAUACCUGUUAGUGUGUUGUGUGUUAUUGAUUCCGGCCAGCACUAGUGUGUCCUUCGACGAAGUUGAUGAUGUCUUCGAGUUGACUUCCAAAGUGUUUGAUUUUGUCAGCAAGUCAUGGGAGGUUGCUGACAGUAUUGAAGAUCGUUUAGGCAAUGAAAAUACUCCACUCGUGUGGUACACAAAAAAAAAAGAACGUAAGAUUCUAUCCUUCUUUGGACAUAUCACUCAUCUCGUGCAAAUGACCCAAAAGGAAACAAAUGACAUAAGGACUAUGAUGUUGGGUAGUCUUAAAAAGCUGCAAUCCAUGCCUGAUGCUGUUUUGAAUGGAUUACAAAUCAAUGAACUUUUAGAGUCUGUUAGAUCAAUUGAAAAUGAUUUUAAUACUAUGGAAGAGUAUAAAUAUGAAGAAAAAGAUAACAACGAAAAAAAAGUAAAMCCUACAUAUACAUCUUAUACAUUAGAGAAAUUUGCUGAUGCAAUGUUGUCAUACUCAGCGGGAUCUCCUCAUAAGCAAAUGGCAAAAAUUCACUCUUUCAUUGUUCCGGAAUGGGAAGGAUUUAAAUUUCAUACACACGGUGGUAUUUUCAAUAUUUUGCAACAUACUUUGGAAAAUAAUGAUAUGCUGUGUGAUCAAAAACAAUCACUACAACAGUUGAUUUAUAAUUUAUACACGACAUUGCAUCUUACUCAGUUAAAAGGAUAUUCUGUUAUGCAAUAUUCAUGGAUGUUAUUACAAACAUAUGACAAAGGAAAUUUUACAUUUGAAAGAACAAAACAAACGGAACAUUUUGAGAAAAUAAUCAUUGAACAACUCGAUGCUUUAAAAUCUUCGAUUAUUUCUGCUAGUAAUAUAUACUGGAGAUGUGACCCAUCAAUACAUGUAAAGGAUAAAACGUAUUUAGAAGUUACACAGUUAUUACAGGGUUACAUAGAAAAUGAAGCUGAUAUGAACAGAGAGCAGAGCUGCUUGAAAGACUGUUCAUACUAUGAAGUCGCUGAACAUAAAUCAUGUUUUAGAGAUCAAUUUUGUGCUAAACAGCGUGUUUGUAAUGGACGUAUAUUAAAUUGUCAGUAUUUUGAUUCUGAUAUGAGAAUUUGUCAGUCUAAGUUUGGAAACAAUAGACGAUAUGAUUAUAUUGCAUAUGAAAGAGGUAAAGUCUUAGGUGAUUCAUCAGUUGAAUGCAAAGGUACAACAAGUAUGGUAGACAGCUGGUGGACAUUUUUGGUUUGGCAUUGUUCUUACUGUUUUUGCAUUUGCGAUUCAAAUGAUUCUGCUUCUGAUAGAUACUUCAGUUUAAAACCUUCAUUAUCUAAUAUUAAUAAAAACAUGGUUAUAACCGGUGUAAAGUUUGUUAAAGUGAAUCAAAUGUUCCAUUUACAAGUGCAAGAAGGUGAACUUGGCCAUCGAGGAGUAAUAAAUGAAUUUUCCAGACGAUGGAUUGAAGUACCUGGUUCUGAGUUUUCAUAUAAAAAUAAAACAUUAAAAGAUGGUGUUGACUAUCAUACAUUAACAUACGAAGCCCGCAUUAUUGAUAUUGACAAUGUAAUUGCUCCUGAAAAUACGGUUGUUACAGGAUUAAGAUUUAGAAAGAUCGGAUCUCAUCUUAAUAUUGAAGUCCGCAUUACUCCUUUUGAUUUUAUGAGUGGUAAACUUAUUGAUCCUGAGUUGAAAAGUUAUUGGAUCGGAAAUGAAAAAACUGAAUUGUCCCCUGAUCCAAGAACUGAAAUUGAUAUAAAUAAUUCAGAUUUGMCAACCAAAUCAAAUACUGCAUCUGAACCAGAUAUGUCUUCAAAUAAAUUCCUUAAGUUUACACAUUCAUCUAUUGACCGCGAUGUUGCACAAACAACAUUACCUUUUAUUGACAUGCAGACUGUAGCACCAUUUCCAGGUGUACCAUUGUCUGGAAUAGGAAUUUAUUUUAAAGGAGCUAAAGGUUUUGGUGGAUUUAUUGGCCCUAGUAUUUUUACUUACAAUUUAAGUAAUAACAUAAAUCCCAGUUUAUUCCAAAUACAUAACGUUUAAAAGUGUUAUUUAUUUUAAUCUGUUUUCUGUAAUAUUAAGUACCUAAUUAAACUUAUAACAUAAAUGAAUCUCAAUUGUAUAAUUAUAAAAUACUGCUUAUUAAAGAUGUGCCAAAAUAAAAAUAGCAUUACUUUUUUUUAUCUGAAUUGCAUAAUAUAUUUUAAUUAAAGUCAAGGUUUAAAAAUAUUAUUUCUAGCAUUGGUAAUUUAUACCUUAUUCAUUUCAUUUAAAUAUUUUUGAAUAUUUGUGCUUCAUUUGUUUUUAUUUUUAUUAUUUUUAUAUGUAAAGUUUGAAGAACAACUUAAAUAAAAGUCCUACAAUUGUAAACAUUAUUAAGCACUAUGUUAUUUAAAA